CUCAGCAAAGGAACUAGCAUAAACAAACAGAAUAAAGGUUUUGUAUUCACUGUUCCAAGAAAAGAAAAUGGCAGAGAAAACUAACCAGCAGGUAUACCCUUUCACACCAGCAACUAAGCAACCCAGAAAUGAUGAAGAGUCUGGCGCUUUAACUUCUAAUCAGGAGCUCAAGAGAAAGAAAAGGAUCAAGUUAGCCAUAUAUAUUGCUGCUUUUGCUGUGUUUCAGACCAUUGUCAUCUUGGUCUUUGCUCUCACUGUGAUGCGUGUUAAGACCCUUAAGGUCAGAUUGGGAACUGAUGUCACGUUCCAGAACUUCAGCACUGGUACCCAAGCAUCACCUGCCUUUGACUUGAGCUUCACAACCCAAGUUCGGGUUAAGAACACAAACUUUGGUCCCUACAAAUUUGAUAGCACCAUUGCCACGUUCAUGUACCAGGGUGUGACAGUGGGGCAAGUCAUUAUUCCUAAGGGUAAGGCUGGGCUACGUUCGACCAAAAAAGUUGGUGUCACAGUAAAUGUGAAUUCAAAUGCGCUGCCAAGUACUACCAAUCUUGGAAGUGAGUUAGGUGCUCACGUUUUAACUCUGAACAGCCAUGCCAAACUUAGUGGGAAAGUGGAGUUGAUGUUUAUAAUGAAGAAGAAGAAAUCAGCCGAAAUGAACUGCACUAUGACUAUUGAUUUGUCAACAAAGGCGGUCCAAUCUAUGAUUUGCUAGUAAACAUAAACGCUGUUUAGCUUUAUUUCUUUUAAUUCUAUAUUCUUUUGAUGGAUUUGUAAUUGUUUUGUUCUUAUUAUCAUAAUUGUUUGGAAUUAUUUGUAUUGACCACAAUUUACCAUGUGAGAGUUAGAAUAUAUAUUUCUUUUUGGCAAAAAUAAAAUUUACACUAUAAAAUUUAAAUUUGAUGAAUUAUCAUUUUAAUACAAUAAA